AUGGUAGCGCAAGGCAGUCAACAGGCUCGUACCGUUACACCGAAGAGUCGCAUCGAUGCAGGCAACCGCUGGGGCACGGUGGUGGCUUUGACAGUCAAAUCCAUCCGUAAUGUUGAAGAAAAUGGAGCGAGACUUUUCGUGAACCCAAGCUGCAUAUUUUUAUAUCCAAAGCGCGAGGCCAGGGAAGAUGAGGCGCCCAUACAUCGAAGCGUGCUGGGCAGCAUUCGGCCAUGCAAACGAACCGGUAUAGUUACAGCUGCGAUCACUCUUCUGCAAUCCGGACAGGGAUUGGACAGCUGUGCUGGACUGAGCCACCAGGACCAGGACCACAGCAAGUUGAUCCAGAUCUACAUCAACUCCCCCAAUGACCAUGCUGUUUUCACUUCCAUCUCUCUCAAGAACUGCAACAACUUUGAAUUCUUCGACAGAAGCUUCUUUGGUCAAGUGUCAAGGUGCAGUUUCACGUGUGUGUUCUCUUCGUGUGUGUGUGUGUGUGUGUGUGUGUGUGUGUGUGUGUGUGUGUGUGUGUCUUCGUGUGUGUGUGUGUGUGUGUGUGUGUGUGUGUUCUCUCUCUCUCUGUCUCUGUCUCAUAUCUCCUUGUGCUCUCGCGCAGACACACACACACCCGAUCGGCGGCUCAGGAUUCAUCUGGACGAGCGUCAGCUUUUGCAGAACCAAGGAGCCAAGUCCUCUGGUAAAAACAAG